UUUAUUCCAAUUCUAAAGGUUAUAAUUAUUGACAUUGCUGUGUCAACUUGAUUCACACGGUGCGUUUCCAUCGUCGUCCUUGACCGUGUACAGGUGCCGGUACGUCUUGGCGUACGGUGCGAUGUCAGACUUGAAUCAAGUCUGUGUAGGCGUAUAUACGUGUUGACGUGUUGUUAGAUCACAAACAGACGUACCCUGACAUAAGAGGAUUACAAGUGAAACCGUGCGAUCCCCUUUUUGCUGAAAUGUCACAGAACCCCAGUCAAUCCCAAACCGACGAGAAGCCGAAAUGGAGGUUAGGUGACGUCUGCAUACAGGGGGUAUGGUGGCCCAAAGAGUUGGUGACUGAGCAGUCUCUGAAUGCCGUGAAGAAUUUCGAAGUCAGAGACGACGACGUUUGGGUUGCAACCUGGCCGAAAGCGGGAACUCAUUGGGUUGCCGAAAUAUGCCACCUCAUUCACCAUGACGGCGACUUGGAUGCGGUGGACCGGGCACAGCAGCCGAUGCCGAUGGAAUUUGAAGCUCACCGGAAUGAAAACAAGGUACCCCGCUACAAGGCGGCGCCAUCUUGGGAAUCACCUCGCGUUCUUGUCACUCACGUCCCGAAGAGAUUCCUUCCCGAUCAACUGCUUCAGGGCAAGGGAAAGGUGAUCGUCGUCAUUCGGAAUCUGAAGGACUCGCAAGUUUCAUAUUUCCACUUUACGAAAGGAAUGUUUCCGGGUAGCCAGCUCACGUUCGAAGAAAGUCUACACGCAAAUCUUUUCUCGGACAAAGUUCAGUUCUCGCCUUGGUUUGAUCACGUGGCCGAGUACCUGACUGAGCGGCACAACAAGCAGUAUCUGUUUCUGAAAUACGAAGACAUGAAGGCGGACACUCGCGGAGCUGUCAUUCAGGUUGCUGACUUCCUAGGGCGCCCUCUGUCGGACGAGGUGAUCGACAAGAUCGUCGACUUGGUGACCGUGAAGAGCAUGAAGACGCGCUACCACGUCGCCGGAGAAGAGUCGUCACCGGGAAGGGGAGUGGAAGGCAAAAUUGGAGCGACGAGCUUGAUGAGAAAAGGAACUCACUGGGUUGCCGAAAUAUGUCACCUUGUUCACCAUGACGGCAACUUGGAUGCGGUGGAUCGGGCACAGCAGCCGAUGCCGAUUGAAUUUGAAGCGUUCCGGAGUGAAAACAAGGUACCCCGCUACAAGGCGGCGCCAUCUUGGGAAUCACCUCGCGUUCUUGUCACUCACGCCCCGAAGAGAUUUCUUCCCGAUCAACUGCUUCAGGGCAAGGGAAAGGUGAUCGUCGUCAUUCGGAAUCUGAAGGACUCGCAAGUUUCCUAUUUCCACUUUACGAAAGGAAUGAGACCGGGUAGCCAGCUCACCUUCGAAGAAAGUCUACACACAAAUCUGUUCUCGGACAAAGUUCAGUUCUCGCCUUGGUUUGAUCACGUGGCCGAGUACCUGACUGAGCGGCACAACAAGCAGUAUCUGUUUCUGAAAUACGAAGACAUGAAGGCGGACACUCGCGGAGCUGUCAUUCAGGUUGCUGACUUCCUAGGGCGCCCUUUGUCGGACGAGGUGAUCGACAAGAUCGUCGACUUGGUGACCGUGAAGAGCAUGAAGACGCGCUACCACGUCGCCGGAGAAGUGUCGUCAUCACCGGGAAGGACAGUGGAAGGCAAAAUUGGAGCGGCGAACUUGUUGAGAAAAGGGGUUGUUGGCGAUUGGAAGAAUACGUUUACUGUAGCUCAGAGCGAGGCGUUCGACGAAUUCUACCUACAAAAGAUGGCCGACUUGGGUCUGAAACUUUAGGUCGAGCAAAAACAAGAGAGCGUGUUGCUGAUGAUGAAAAGUUUGCCUGUCAAGAGCAAGUUCGCUAAGAAAUUGAAGAUUAAUAUGGACUAUAGUUUACACCAAUGGACUUGAGAUUUAGAUCUCAGAGUUAGAUCUUUUGUAGUAACAAUGAACGCACAAAGGGUUACCUUCACCUAUCGAAGCCAUACAAAAUCAUUACCCUCUAUCUCCGCCUCAACGCAAAAGGUCUGUCGAACGCGCACAGUCGACAAUGUUUCUAGUCGACCAUUUGGAGUUGAGGUUAUCAGUAGUUCGCGUGUUGCAAUCUCCGAUCGCAGAACAGUGAUCCAGAUACCACAAACCGUUCUCAAGUGCGUGCGCUAAGUAUUUCACGAAUCAGCAACCCAAUAUAGUGUUUUAUUUAUCGAAAUUAAAGACUGAAAUAGUUUUAUAGAAUAGGUCUAAUUGCGCAUGCACAUGUGCGCGUCAUGAGUUUAUAAGUAAGGCAUCGGGACAAUAUGGCGGAUCUAUACUAUUGUACAAAUCAAGAACAUAAUGUCGAACUUUAAUUUACGUUAAAAAACUAGAAUAUUGUGCAGUUUUCUCCGUUGUAAAAAAUCAUUCUACGCAUACGCAGAUGUAAUACCGAACCGAUAUAUAAUGUGCUUGUUUCCAAGUAAUAAUUUGAUGGAGGUAGCAAACAGUUACCAAGCCAUUUAGGCACUUUUUCCAUUACCCUUUCUUUUAACCAUAAUACCUCCCAUGAAAUGUUCAUUGUUUGAGAUGUAAUGGCAAUUAUACUUUUUACCAUAAUGGAAUAUUUUGACCAAAUGGUAAAAUGAAAUAGUAUAUGAAUAUGGUCUGAUAUCUUUUUUCAAAUAUUACUUUAUAAUUUAAUUGUAAAAUGGAAUUGCUUGAAACUUUCAGGGAACAGUUGCAGAGGUUUUUCUCCGCCAAUAUGCAUUUCAAGAGAAAUAGAGUAUCAAAAAUUGAUUUAACCAAUUGUAAAAUUAUCUU